CUUAUGAUGCGAUGCAGAUGCUAUGAAGUGUAUUUAGAUGAACAGCCACCGUGUAACCACAGAGGGGGUGUUUGUUUUCUGCUCAGUAUUGGUUUUCUUUCCGAAGACACAGGAACUCUUUAACCACGAUGCAAAAAGGCUUUAUUCUUAUUUUUAUACAGAUUGUUUGGAUAUCAUCCACCUUGUCAAGAAGUGACGCGGCACAUUACCUUCAUUUCCUGCUGGGAUGUAAAGCUGUGAUACCUUGUCAGUAUUACAGCCAACAGUCAGAGGCUUUCAGCUGGUUUUACAAGAAGGAUGAAACUAGUACGGAAACCCAGAUAUUUCAUCAAAAUAAGAACGGAGUACAACACCAUCAAGACUCUACCAAAAGAAGUGUUACCAGCAAUCUUUCCUUGGUCAUCAGUCAUGUCACUGAGAGCGAUGAAGGCAUGUACUCGUGUCAAAACUGUGAUAAAGGCAACUGCCAGAGGGGACAGACCACAGUCAUCAGAGUCAACAAAGAAAUUCGGCAUGCAACUCAAAGGACAGUUUACAUUCCUGCAGGCAACACUUUUAAGCAUCCACGUCCGAGUGAAUUUAACACAAUGGACAUAAAAUGGACUUUUGACCCGAGUAAUAAGACUGCUUCCGGCAAAUCAGCACCAAGACCAGGAACACUGACUUCCAACGUAUAUAUUGUAAAUGUCAGCGUUGCAGAUGCUGGGAAAUAUACCUGCUGGGGCUGCGGUAAACAAAAGCUGCUUGUUAUCAAUUUGUGUGUAAUUACAGUUCACCACAAUAAGGAUCUAUCACCUAGUUCUUGUGCUGUGAUGUGUGACGUGGAUAUCAAUGAUCGAAACAGAACUUCACAUGUGGAAAUAGGCCCGAUGACUGUAUCAGUGGAUGUAGAUGCAAACGGAUCCUUAAUCUGCAGAGCAGAGCAGAAGUUCGACGGAUACACCACAGCUACCAGCCCUAACGUGCCAUCUACAGCAUUUAACACAACACCAGGUGGACAUAAAGAGCCGGAAUACCAGACAUCAGUUGUUUAUGGAGUAUCAGUGGCCCUUUCAUGUCUCAGUUUAAUGGCACUUUUAAUUUUUUACCUCAGAUUAAGAUUGUGGGAAGCAUGUUCCGUUCACCGUUGUAGCUGUGGCUUGGCCGGCAGGGCAGAAGAGGAGACUCCAGUGGUUUACUCAUCAAUCAUCAUCAGGAAGACUGCUAAAGCACACACUCGUGUAACUUACAAUGAUUGUAUCUAUAGUGAAAUAAAGGUAUAGAGAAAAUAUCCCAGGUUAAAAUGAUCAGUGAAUGUUGGAAUCAUUUAGUAAUUUAUUCCUCAAACAUUAUGUGUAGGACAAAGUGAGUAUGUCUUCGCCCACAUUGUCCCGAAGGGAAAUUCUAAAACACUGACUCUUUUUUUCCAGUGAUCAAACAGAUUAAUAAUAUCUGAUUGAAUUCCCCCUCACAACAAAAGUGUUGUUGUUUUUUUCCCCUCUCUGAAACAGGGAAGGCUUCAGACUAUACUGGUCUAUGUGAAUUAAAACUUUGGGUUUGAUGCCACUGUAAUGUUACAGUGCUUUAGGUAAAGAUAUUGUUCUUAGAUACUGUCGGCGAAUACAUUCAUGUACAUAUUUUUUUGUGACUAUUUAUCCCUUUCUUCUACUCUAUUUAUCUGUCAGAUUGUUACUUUGCAGAUUAAACAUUAUUAAUUUAC